GGGAGGAAUGAGUCGAAAGGAGAGAAGGCCAUCUGUAGGAGGAUGGGGAGAGGGAGCCAGCGACACUGGGCGGGGGAGGCAAGAAGAGAAGGCAGCUCCGGCCUCUAGACUGGCCCCCGUUGGGUGGGCGGGCAGAAGGUGGGGCUCGUGAGGGUGCCGCCUCUCCUCUUUCCCGGAGCCAGAGAAAAGAGGGAGGAAAACUUCUUCCUGCCCAGGGCCCCUGGGUUCCUUCUUUUCUGUCUGCCCACUGCACCCGGGCCGUGUCUGGGUGCCAGGCUCCUUCCCCCCCAUCCCCACCCCAGUGCCCGCCAUGGCUAAAGCCUACGACCACCUCUUCAAAUUGCUGCUGAUUGGGGACUCGGGGGUGGGCAAGACUUGUCUGAUCAUUCGAUUUGCGGAGGACAACUUCAACAGCACUUACAUCUCCACCAUUGGGAUUGACUUCAAGAUCAGAACUGUGGACAUUGAGGGCAAGAAGAUAAAACUUCAAGUCUGGGACACAGCAGGACAAGAGAGAUUCAAGACCAUCACAACUGCCUACUACCGUGGGGCCAUGGGUAUUAUUCUUGUCUAUGACAUCACAGAUGAGAAAUCCUUUGAGAACAUUCAGAACUGGAUGAAGAGUAUCAAGGAGAAUGCCUCAGCAGGGGUGGAGCGUCUUCUGUUGGGAAAUAAGUGUGACAUGGAAGUGAAGAGGAAGGUGCAGAAGGAACAGGCAGAGAAGCUUGCCCGAGAACAUGGAAUCCGAUUCUUUGAGACAAGUGCUAAAUCAAGUCUAAAUGUGGAUGAGGCCUUCAAUUCUCUAGCCAGGGAUAUAUUGCUCAAGUCCGGUCGGAGAUCAGGCAACAGCAACAAGGCCCCCCCAACUACUGAUCUGAAGAUCUGUGAGAAGAAGAGUGGCACCAAGUGCUCCUUGGGUUAAUAGCUGCUGAUGACCCCAGUCCAAGACCCAUCCUCCCAGCCCCUGGCCCAGAGGCUGGACCUGCUGGAUUUCAGGGAGAGGGAGAGAAAAGGAGGGGAAAAAAGAAGAGGAAUUAUUUAGGGGACCUAGAGAAUUAGGAGGGGCAGGAGGGGGAAACAGAGAGAGAGAAAGUGGGGGAGGGGAAAGGGAGAGAGAGAGAGAGAGAGAGAGAGAGAGAGAGAGAGAGAGAGAGAGAGAGAGAGAGGAGAGAGAGAGAGAAGAGGGAGUGAGAGAUGGAGAAGGAAGAAAAAGAAAUGAGAAAAGUAAUUGAGAAACAGGGGAAUGGAAGAAAAGAGAUAGUGAGAUGAGGGAGCAAAGGAAGUAUGAGAGGGGAAUGGGGAAAGUGAAAUGAAGAGACAUUUCCCCUCCUGAUUCCUUCCUCUUCCUCUCCUCCAACUCUCCAGCACAAACACUACGUGUAUAUGUCUAACUUUCCUUCCGUUACUGGGUCAUCCCCUGGGGUCUGGGUGGGGUAGGGAGCUCAGCUGGCUUAGCUCUGUCCCCCCCCCCUCCAUACUCCCUCUCCCCAAACGGGGAGUGGAGACUCUGUUUUGUCACUCUAAAUCUGAAAGGUCUUUUUUAGUAUUAAAGACCAACAUUUGCACAAA